CCAUCACAAGUCCCAUCUAAUACAUGGGGCGCGCCUCCAGUAAAGUCUCUAAAUGAAACAACACAAAGUAAUGUAAGUUCGUGGGAUGUCCCUGUGAAAACGUCUAAUGAAAAUGUAGAAACUCAAUGGAAAAUGCCUUCGAAUAAGUCAUCACAAAUGACCUCUAAUACCGCACCUCCAGAAAAGACUUUAAACGAAAAUUCAUGGUAUGACCCUGCUAAACUAUCUAAUGAGAAGAUCGAACCUCAAUGGAAAGUACCUUUAAAUGAGCCAUCACAAACGACUUCUAAUACGUUGGGUGAACUUCCAGAAAAAUCUUUAAAUGAGACAGCACAAAAAACUGUAAGUUCGCGGGGUGCCCCUGUGAAACCAUUUAAUGAAAAUGUUGAACCUCAAUGGAAAAUGCCCUCAAAUGAGCCAUCACAAACAAUCUCUAAUACAUGGGGUGCACCGCCAGAAAAAUCUUUAAAUGAUACAGCACAAAAAAAUUCAAGUUCGUGGGUCGUACCUUCAGAAAAGUCUUUAAAUGAAAGUUCGUGGAGUGCCUCUGUGAAACCAUCUAAUGAAAAUGUCGGAUCUCAAUGGAAAAUUCCUUUAAAUGAACCAUCACAAACGACUUCAGAUACAUGGGGUGCUUCUACAGAAAAAUCGCGAGGGAGUUCUGUUAAAUCGUAUAACGAAAAUGCUGAAUCUCAAUGGAACAUUCCUUCAAAUAAGCCAUCGCAAACGACUCAUAGUACAUGGGGUGCACCCCCAGAAAAGUCUUCAAAUGAGACAGCACAAAAAAAUGCAAGCUCGUGGGGUGCUCCUUUGAAACCAUCUAUUGAAAAUGUUGAACCUCAAGGGAAAAUACCUUUAAACGAGCCAUCACAAAUGACUUCUGAUACAUGGGGUGCUUCUACAGAAAAGUCGAGGGGAAGUUCAGUUAAAUCGUUUAACGAAAAUCCCGAAUCCCAAUGGAACGUCCCUUCAAAUGAGCCAUCGCAAAUGACUUCGUGGGUACCAGUGAAACCACCACAAAAAAGUGCAAGUUCGCGAAGUAGUUCUGUGAAAGCGUAUAAUGAAAGUUCUGAAUCCCAACGGAACAUUCCUUUAAAUGAACCAUUACAAACAACUACAUGGAGUUCACCUGCAGCUAAGUCUUUAAACGAGACAUCACAAAAUAAUAUAGCUUCGUGGGGUGCUUCCAUGAAUCCGAUAAACGAGGAUGUUAAAUCACAAUGGAAUGCACCGUUGAACGAGCCGUCACAAACUGCUUAUGACACUUGGAAUGUGCCUACAGGGAAGUCUUCAAAUAAUAAAGCACCAAAGAAUAUUGUUCCGUGGGAUACUUCUGCGAAACCCUCAAAUGAAAAUGAACCACAUUGGAACGCUGUGAAUGAGCCAUCGCAACAAAUCCUUGAAACGUGGAAAGCAUCUGAUAAAAAACAAACUGCAAAAAAUGAAUGGGAGUUUAAUGAAUCAAAAAUGCAAGCGCAGGAUAGCCAUAAGUCUGUGCCAGAAUCACAGAUGCAACCAAUAAAUUUAGUGACUUCUAUGCAUCGCGAUAAUGAUUCAAAUAACAAUUUUAUUAAUAAUAUACGUCGAGGAAGUCCAAAGCCUAGUCCAUUUACCAAUGCAAUACCUCCAAAAUUCUCACCCGAAGAAGCUUGGAAUAGACUUCUCCAAGCUGAUAAAAAAAAAGACAUGGAUGAAUUUAAAGAAAUGUUUGAAGAAUAUGCCAAAGCAUCUCCUGAAGAAACAUUCCAGACAAUCGAGAAAAAAUUGAGAAUGGCAGGUUGUACUGGAAGAAUAAUCGCAUUGAAACGUGAAGGAAUUCCGUUGACGAAAUGUUUAAUUGAUUUGCAAGGAAAAACAAAUAAGAAAUAUUUAGCGCAAUUGAUCGCGAGUCUAGAUCGAUUGCCACAAGCUUCUGGGAAAGCCAGUUCGGAAGCAGAGAAUUUUGAAUGGCUCGCAGAUGCUGGAUUUUUGAGUGAUGAUCCAGUGCCUGUUUGCUUUAACUGUAAGCAAAAGGGUCACACAGGAAAGGAUUGCACAGAGCCAAAGCAAUCAAAUGAGCGAACUACGCCUCUAGCGUGUCAGCAUUGCGGAUCUACCGAUCACAUAACGAAAUUAUGCAAUAACGCUUGGCGACGAGAUCAUUAUGCCGAAAUUCGCGACAGAAACUUUAGUGGAAAUGAUGAUGGUUAUAAAUAUGGAUCAAGUAACAAUACGGUCAGCGGUUACGACGCGUGGGAACAAGUCAAAAAAGAUGCUACUGCAAGUUGGGGAACACAACCCACUACCUGGGAAAACAGUAAUCGACAAGAGUUUGGUUGGAAAAAUAAUAAUGAUCGAGAGGCUAGUUGGAAGAAUAAUAAUGAUCGAGAAACCAGUUGGAAAAAUAAUAAUGAUCGAGAAACCAGUUGGAAAAAUAAUAAUGAUCGAGAGACUUCUAGUUGGAAAAAUAAUGAUCAAGAAAACCGUUGGAGAAAUAAUGAUCGAGAGACUAGCUGGAAAAAUAAUGAUCGAGAGACUAGCUGGAAAAAUAAUGAUCAAGAAAAUCGUUGGAGAAAUAAUGAUCGAGAUAACUGGAAAAAUAAUGGUCAAGAUUCUAGUAACUGGAGAAAUAAUGGCCGGGAUACUAAUAACUGGAGUCGAGAUACUAAUAACCGGAGAAAUAAUGGUCGAGAUACUAAUAACUGGAGGAAUGAUGGUCAUACUAAUAACUGGAGGAAUGAUGACCGGGAUACUAGUAACUGGAGAAAUAACGACCGUGAAUCCAAUUUCAGAGACUAUAAUCAAGAAUCAAAUUGGAGAAGCGGAAGUCGAGAAAGUAGUUGGAAAAAUGAUAGAGAAACGGGUUGGAAAAAUAAUGAUAGUUAUGGAAACAAUAAUGAUAGUUGGAAAAAUAAUCGUGAUAACAGGUCCAGAAAUAUUGGUCGUGAUCCUAAAUGGAGAAGUGAUUAUAGAGAGGAUACACGUGGAAGUAGUCAACCCGAAAAUAUUUUGAGAAAAAGUGGUAGCGAUAAGUCCGAAAGUCCUUAUGAUUUUCGAAGAGCUAAUAAUCAGAAUUUUAAUUCCCCGAGGUACGGCCACCCUCCACAAAAUAAUGAUUCACCAAGAUUUAAUCAACAAGGAUCGAAUACAAAUCAACAAGGAUCGAAUACAUGGGAAACCAGUAAUUUGGUUAAUGACCAGUGGUG